GUCUUUUUUGUUUAGUGACAUUCGUAAAAUAACAGUGGUCUACUGCUGCAUUCAACAGCAGUAACCAAGCAGUAAUAAAUAAUAGGUUCGUUUGAAAGUAGAUAAUAAGAAACAAAGCAACAGUGCACACAUUUACCUAUCAAGAUUGCCAACGAGCAUAAUUGUCUUUAGUAAAUAUACAGUUCUAUUUACUAAAUUGAACAAUGUUAGAUCAAGUUCUUGAAGAGUGGGAGGAACUUAAUGCUGAUUUUAAACAAUUAGAAAUAGAUAAUAAAACAUAUCUUCAACAAUUAAAUGAAUUAACUAGUAUACAAAAAAAAUGCGUAAAUCACAUUUCUCAUCAACGUUAUCGAAUUGGAGUUUUGUCCAAAUCUUUAAGGGAGUUAAAAAAACAAGGAGACGAUCCUAAAAUAGCGGACAUGAAAAGUAACAUUCUGACUAGGAAAGCACAAUUAUUUGAUAUCGAACAAACGUUACCAAAACAAAACGGCAUUUAUUUAAAAAUUAUAUUAGGAAAUGUUAAUGUUUCCAUACUCGAUAGAGAUGAAAAAUUCAGAUAUAAGGACGAAUACGAAAAAUUUAAAUUAAUCUUGAGCAUUAUUGGAAUAGUUAUGGCAGCACUAAAUUUUCUCAUAAGAUUCAGACCUCUGGAACUAAGUUAUAUAUUUUUAUUGGUGUGGUAUUAUUGCACUUUAACCAUCAGAGAAAGUAUACUGAAGGUUAAUGGUUCUCGAAUAAAGGGAUGGUGGAGGUUACAUCAUUUUUUGUCGACAGUGGCUGCUGGAAUUUUACUAAUUUGGCCGGACAACGAAACUUGGUCGUUGUUCAGGAACCAGUUUAUGGCAUUCAACAUUUAUAUAAGUUUAGUUCAAUAUUUGCAAUUUCGAUAUCAGAGAGGGGUUUUAUAUAGAUUAAAAGCUCUCGGCGAACGACACAACAUGGACAUAACCAUCGAAGGUUUCCAUUCGUGGAUGUGGAGAGGAUUAAGUUUCUUGUUACCAUUUUUAUUUAUAGGUUAUAUAUUUCAAUUGUACAACGCGUACGCGUUGUAUGUUUUGAGUUAUACAAUGUCGACUACCUGGCACGUACCCGUAUUAAGUGGGAUGUUUUUAGUACUUUUUAUCGGAAAUACAUUGACUACCAUUUCGGUGAUACCGUCGAAAUUUCACGAAAAAGUCAAAUUGAAAUAUCGAGUGAUGAGUCAGAGAUUUAGUUCGCAAUUAUUAAAUAGGGAGGUGAGAAUUAUUCUAUUAUUAAUUUUUUGUUUAAAAAACAUUUUUAUGUUUCCAUCGAACCAAUAGAACAAAAUUUCAAAAAAAAAUCAUAGACAAACUUUUAAGAUCCGCUAUACAAAGGAAUUAUGUUUCUGAGUGUAUUUGAUUUACGGUCAUGAUAUAAACAGCUUUCGGAUUUACUUUCGUAUCUUAUUUGGCGUUUUCGGGGUCGUAUUGGAUUUAUCGAAUUGGAUUGGUUGAUUUUCUUUUGGCAUUUUUGAAAAGGAUUUAAUAAUUAAAAGAAACGACAAUUCUUUACAUUCAUAAAAACGUAUCGAAUUCCAUAGAUAAAAUAUUUUUUGGUUCGACUUAUCGACUGGUUAAUAUAACCUAACCUAUACAGUAAACUUAAUAUAAUGACAAAAUGGAAUCCGUUACUUCGUUUCCUUUCUCCAUCAAUCCCCUUCCCCAAAAGAACCUUCUACUUAAUUCAUUAAUACGAAUGUAAACCAAUCCGAAAAAACCGGAAGUACUAAUUCGAUAAAUGGAUUUUACGAUUUCGAAAACGUUAAACUAAUAAAAAAAAUUGGAUCCGGGUAAAUACGGAAGUAUAUUUAUACAAAACGGAUUUCUCGAUAAUUCGGUUCUAGAAAGUGAACAAACAAAUGGGUCCUUUUGGGAAAUGAUUCUAUAAUAACGUAUUGUAUAAAUCAUGAAAACAAUUUUGUCGUUGUUGGAAAUUUGUACCCGGCGCGGCCACCAUAUUUUAUAUUCCAAUUUAUAUUAUCGUACAGGGACCGGUUACACGGUCCCUAACGUGGACGAGUUCGCAACAAAUGUAUGUUUUCGGUUAUUUUAAAUAUUUUAAACUCAAAUGUAUUUUGUUCUUCGGUUUUUUUCAAAAUAGAUUUCAUAAAAAAAAAUUUUGCAGAUUUUCUGGGCCUGUAAUAUUUUUUCUGGUUAUAUUUCGCCUUUGUUUCAUGUAAUAAAUUGAAAAAAAUAGAAUCAUGUGAUUUUUGAAAAAAAAAUUUUUUAAUUUCAGCAGACCGAUGAUACUGAUAGUAAUAAGCAAGAAUAGGGUGGAAAUAUAUAAAUAUUUAGGUAAAAUAUCUUCAACUAGUUGAAUUGUGAUUAUAAUCUUUUUUUUUUAUAUUUUUGUUAUUAUUUUUAAAAUUUUUUUUCUUUUUUCAUGGUUGUCGACUCGAAUGUUUUUUACUGGUAAUUAAAUAUAUUUUGUGAAUUAUAAAAUUAUAUAAUAACAAAUAGAAAUAACUGUAAUUUAUUUUAAUGAUUAUUGAGAAAAUUAAAAUAAUUUUAAAACGUU